AUGACGGAGUUUUGUGACGACGUUAUCAAGCUGUUUCCGCUGCGUGCGAUUCCGGAUGUGAUAAAACUGUUUCGCCAACAGCUGAACAAUCGCGAGGAAGAACCGGACCUAACGCUGCUGUCGAUCGUGACCGGAUUGAUUGAGCAUUCGCUCACGACGAAGGUGCUGGAAUCGAGCUCUUCGUCGGCGUCCUCGCACACCAACAACAACAAUAACAAUGUCGAGGGAGGAAAGAACGCCACGGCCGACCCGGCGGGAAACUUUCCUGUUAUCCGGUACGACACCGUGGAAGGGUUGUACAAGCGCUUCAAAUCCGUGCUGGCCCCGAUCGAAAAGUUGCUGGUGAAAACGACGACCGAUUCCAAGUUUGCCAGUCGGGAAAUUAUCAAGAAAGUGUCCGACAUCAUCUGGAACUCCCUGCUGCGCAGUUCGUACAAGGAUCGGGCUCAUUUGCAGAGUCUUUAUAGCUAUCUGUGCGGUAACAAGCUGGAUUGCUUCGGUGUUGCAUUUGCUGUCGUAGCCGGAUGUCAGAUGCUGGGCUAUCGGGACGUCCAUUUGGCCAUCUCCGAGGACCACGUGUGGGUCGUGUUUGGCAAGACGGGUGACGAAACAAUCGAGGUAACGUGGCACGGCAAGGGAGCGGAGGACAAACGCGGCCAGUCCGUUGCACCGGGCAUUGAAUCGCAAACGUGGCUGUACGUGGCGGGCAAUCCGGUUGUCUGCAACCGAUACAUGGAGGUGGCGGCGAUUGUGUCCGCGAUUAAUCCAUCAUUGACGGCUACCAGCGCAUGUUUGGAGGUGGCCGAUUUGCAGCAACAGCUGCUCUGGCUGCUGUACGAUAUGGGACAUUUAAAGAAGUACCCGAUGGCACUUGGUUGUUUGGGUGAGCUGGAAGAGGUCGAACCAACGUCGGGCAGGAAAAGCUGCGAGGAGCUGUACAACGAGUCGGUGCGAUCAGCACAGACGUUCUACCGAAACCAUCAUGUGUAUCCGUACACGUACCAGGGAGGGUACUACUAUCGAAAGAAUAUGUAUCGGGAAGCGUUCGCUUCCUGGGCGGACAGUAGCGAUGUUAUUCGACUGUACAACUACUCGCGAGAUGACGAAGAAAUAUAUAAAGAAUUCCUCGAUAUUGCCAACGAGCUGAUCCCGCAGGUGAUGAAGUUAGAAAGCUCUGGCCAUUCGGCCAAAAGCAUUCUUCGCGAUUCGUCCUGCUUUGCCAACCUGUUGCGCUUUUACGACGGCAUUUGCAAGUGGGAGGAAGGCAGCCAAACGCCCAUCCUGCACAUCGGUUGGGCCAAACCGCUGGUGGCUACGAUCGCAAAGUUCGAUCACGAUAUACGAUCGCAGGUGAUCAUUAAAUGUGCCGACCAGGAACCACAAGCACAAACGGGACACCAGCACGGACAGGAGAAUGGUGGCGGCAAAAACGGAGCAGAAGAUUCGGCCCAUCAUCACCACAACAAUAACAACAUCACGAAAGCUGACGCCAACGUCACGAAUGGUGGUCGUACUAAUGGUAGCACCUCCGUAAAAGGUAGUUCGCUGCCGAAAUCACUCGAGGCACUGGUUGGCAAAUGUGGCGAAAAGCUGCUGAAUCCCGAAUUUCUACUGCAAGGUGGCGGACAACCGUUCACAACGGAAGAAAGUGCUGAAGCUUCAUCUGAUGGGGAGGGUAUUUCUACGACUGUAGACCCCGACACACUCGCAAGCAACGGAAAGCGAGAGAAGGGUGCUCUAAAGGGCGAGCAAGAUGCGGAAGCAGAGAAAUGUCCACAGAUCGAUAAGCGAAACACGAGUGCGGACGAUACGGAACCGAAACGACCCAUCAUUGUGCUGUACAGUCAGAAGAUGAAAGGUUUGAAGGAUCUGUUGCUGACGGAGAAGUUGAACACAAAUGCGAUCUCGCUGCAAAUUACGGCUCAGAGCCAGGUGCAGGUAGGUGGCAAGAAGCUGCGGGGAUGCCAGAUAUCGCUCGGUGGCGGCGGUUCGAUAGGGACCACUGGUGGAGCAAUAACCGUCAACGAGGGUAUCGAUGGCAACACCCGACCGAAACGGGCGCGCAGAGAAUAG